CUUUGCAGAAGAUGAAUCCGGCCUCGGCGCCCCCUCCGCUCCCGCCUCCCGGACAGCAAGUGAUCCACGUCACGCAGGACCUGGACACAGACCUCGAAGCCCUCUUCAACUCGGUCAUGAACCCCAAGCCCAGCUCGUGGCGGAAGAAGAUCCUGCCCGAGUCCUUCUUCAAGGAGCCGGAUUCGGGCUCGCACUCGCGCCAGUCGAGCACCGACUCGUCGGGCGGCCACCCGGGGCCUCGGCUGGCCGGGGGCGCCCAGCACGUCCGCUCGCACUCGUCGCCCGCGUCCCUGCAGCUGGGCCCGGGCGCGGGCGCCGCGGGGAGCCCCGCGCAGCAGCACGCGCACCUCCGCCAGCAGUCCUACGACGUGACCGACGAGCUGCCGCUGCCCCCGGGCUGGGAGAUGACCUUCACGGCCACUGGCCAGAGGUACUUCCUCAAUCACAUAGAAAAAAUCACCACGUGGCAAGACCCUAGGAAGGCGAUGAAUCAACCCCUGAAUCAUAUGAACCUCCACCCAGCCGUCAGUUCCACACCAGUGCCUCAGAGGGCCAUGGCCGUGUCGCAGCCGAAUCUGGUGAUGAAUCACCAACACCAGCAGCAGAUGGCGCCCAGUACCCUGAGCCAGCAGAACCAUCCUACUCAGAACCCACCAGCCGGACUCCUGGGUAUGCCCAAUGCGCUGACCACUCAGCAACAGCAGCAGCAGAAACUGCGGCUCCAGAGGAUCCAGAUGGAGAGAGAGAGGAUUCGAAUGCGCCAAGAGGAGCUCAUGAGGCAGGAAGCUGCCCUGUGUCGACAGCUGCCCAUGGAAGCUGAGACUCUGGCCCCGGUUCAGGCUGCUGUCAACCCGCCCGCCAUGACCCCAGACAUGAGAUCCAUCACUAAUAAUAGCUCAGAUCCUUUUCUCAAUGGAGGACCGUACCAUUCAAGGGAGCAGAGCACUGACAGUGGCCUGGGGUUAGGAUGCUACAGUGUCCCCACAACUCCAGAGGACUUUCUCAGUAACGUGGACGAGAUGGACACAGGAGAAAACACAGGACAGACUCCCAUGAACAUCAAUCCCCAGCAGACCCGCUUCCCCGAUUUCCUGGACUGUCUUCCGGGAACAAACGUUGACCUAGGAACUUUGGAAUCUGAAGAUCUGAUCCCCCUCUUCAACGACGUCGAGUCUGCUCUGAACAAAAGCGAGCCCUUUCUAACCUGGCUGUAAUCUCACCCAUUGUGCCUGGGAUGCAACUGUGGCCUUACACUUCCUGGGCCUCUUGGAAAAGGCGACGGAGUGGGAGCAGAGCAGGUCUGCAGGCGCACUACUUUCUGCCUCUGUGACUCUUGCUCCUUUCCUGUUGCCAGUUUAAUCAUUGCCUGGUUUUGAUCGACAGUAACUUAAGUUAAACAUAAAUAAAUAUUCUGUUUCCAUCUUCUGCUAGGCUGCAUUCUUGUGACAGAUUAUGCAGAAUUGUGUCUGCAGAACAGUUUAUGCAGAAUAAUUUCCCCCUUUUUCCCCUGCUGCCCCAUGACUAAGCUUUAUGGGUGUUUGUUGAAGUGUAUACGUCCAUUGAUUAUAAACCAUAAAAAACUGACCACAGGCAAGUGAAUUCUCUGACGGGUGGCUUUGUCCAGGAAAUGUGCACAAAAUUAGACCUCAGUUACAGUUUCAAAAACUGUACUGGUGAUCGUAGUACCAAAUGCUUUAAAAAAUGAUUCAACUUGAGCUUUAAAAAAAUCAUUGUAUGGAUAGUAAAAUUCUGCUCUAUGGAAUAUGAUGUAGUUUUGAAUCCAUGCUGCCUGUGAUGGCUUUUGCUACUCUGUAUUUACAAAAGCACACAUGUCCUAUUGCCAUCUGUUUUUCAUGUACUGCAUGGCAUCUAGACAACUUAGCCCUUCCAUAGGAAGGCUAGUGGCAGCAUUAGUUCUUAUGCUACAGAUCUUGUGGAAGAGACCCGUGUGGUACCCAUUCUGAGCAUUUUGUUCAAACAAAACUUUUUUUUUUUCCAAGAUGUUUUUGAUCCAUCAGUGGCAACUGUACUGUGACUGUACCUGGCCAGGCAAAAGUGUACUUUUGUCUUUUCUGAAAACAUCAGGACAACACAGAUUUCAACCUGAUGGCACACGCAAUAAGCUGUUGUUGCUUUUUAAAUUCUGAAGCCUUGUCAGUUUCGCUUUCAAGAUUUCAAGUGUUUAGAAUAAGUCUCUCUAUGAAACCGUUUGAAGGAUGAAGCUGAUCUCUGACUGACAUGUAAAAAAAUCAAAUGCCCUCUGAGGGCAUAUGGUGGAGACAAAUGUUUCUGAAUUCAGUAAAAUCGAUUCCUAAGUAUAUUAUCCUAACCCUGUUUGCUACCGUUGGUAUAAAAAGGCAUGACAUAUGUAUUCAAUACCUCUUAUGUAACCAAAAUCAUUUGUUGUUAGCUUUUAAGGACUGAGAGAGCAUCGCGUUCACCUGGCAUGCGCUCUGCCUGCAUUGCCAAUGAAGUCCUCAACUGUUUAAUAUUUUUGAACUGAUAUUAUUUAUAAUCUAUGAAUUUAAUCUUUUUUUUUUUUGGAAAGACAUUAAUAAUUGAGGUCUCUGGGAGGAAACUUUCCAUUUCCUUGGGGGUUUAUUUGUGGGGGAUCUGGAAUAAGAGCCUUUUGAAUCUUCCGGAAUCUAGAUGUACAGAGUACAUUGAAUCAUGCUGGAAAGAAAGCACGUGAAAAGGGCAGCGGUGAUAGUCAGGUUAAGGGAUAGCGUGGGAAGGAUGCUAGUUGUGAAGUGGAAAUAGGCACGUUUAGUACCCCAGAAGCAAGACAAGCAGAAGCUGUGAGAGGUGCCCCAAAAGAACAAAACAACAAUUUUCUACUACAACCUUCAUACCAAAAGACUCUUGUAGGAGAAAAGAAGGCCUUGGUGCACUUUACGGGGAGGAGGGAGACAGGGCACGCGUAGGCAGACAAGAGCCUUGCCUGCUGUGGCUUCCAACACUAUGAAGUGGCUUCUUUUUCCUGGAGGCCCCAUGGCUUAGGUUCCCCUAAUUCCUUUCACUCUCUCGGCCCUCUGAGAGAGAUAAGGGUAGAUGUUUUUUAUUGCUACUAAAUUGAAGGGAGCACUAUCUUUUUCUCUUUUGUUAGCAAAAAAUUGCAAAAAGAGUUGUACAUUCUUGCUAAAAAAAAAGUAAAAACUUAAAAACAAAAAACAAAAAAAGAAAAAAAAAAAAACAAGGGACCUAACAAAACUCAGCAGUGUUACUGUAUUUUUUAAAAAAUAUUUUUAUAGACAUCAUUUUCAGGUAAUUAAAUGUAAAAGAAACCGAUACCCCUCUUUUUUUUUAAAGUAGUUAAAUCAUUGAUGAUUUAUAUGAACUAUGUUUAGAAGUAAUUUUCUAGUAAGCUUGUGGCAUUAGAAAAUACUAGAAGACUUUUUUUUUUAGUUAAAUUAGUUGGAACAUUUAUUAAUGAAUAUAAUAAAUAUUUUUCCAGAAUAAAAUAUGGACCCUGACUAUGUGUUUACUAAUAGAUAAAGCCAGAUAAACUUUUUUUUAAAAAGCCAUAAAAUAUGGCCUUUAUUAAAGAACACUAAAGUUAGAGCAACUUUCUAAUGGCUAUUUCCUAUUAUUGUAAGCGUUAAAAUCCCAGCAGAAUUCCUAAUAAGGUGCUAUUUAUAUUCUAUUUCUUAUUGCAAAACAACUGCCAGGAUAGCUAGUCUUUUUAGUCCUAAAUCAAUCAAUAAAUUUUACCAUUUCAGUCCAAAAUUUUAUCAUAGGAAAUGCAUAUUAAAAAGAAAAAUUGAAUCAUAAUUUCAGAGAUCUUUCUUUGAAGGUGUUUUGUUUCCUGAGAAAACACAUUUUCUUGAAGUAAAUACAUUGUCAAAUCCUAAUUGUCAUUCUGUAAAAUCUAAGUAAUUGUUGGACAGUGUUUCACCAUUGUAUAUAGGGUGUGAAACACCAUUUCUUUCACCGAUUAUGCCAUAUAUAGGAAGAAGGUAAAACAGUAAAAACUUUAGUGUGCCAGGCAUGCUGGUUGACACCAGCUUGGUAGAAAAGUUCUCUGGAGUGGGAGAAGUGUUUCUAAUUACAACUUGAGUUCUCAUGAUGUAAUUAGAAAGUGAUCUCUGAAAAUACAACUUUUAUGAAAAAAAAAUAAGCUGUUAAAAAAAGGAAAUUGUAGAUUAACUUAAUUGGGAAAAUGGGCGGUUGACAGAGACCGUUUCCCUAACACACUACAUUCUAUAUGUGCUAGUACUUUAACUUUUUAAAAAAUGUACUUCUACAUUUUGUAACAUGACAUAUGUCUGUUUAUUUUUAAUUUAGAAUGUUAUGCGUACAGAAAAUAUGCACCCAAAUCAAUCAGAUCAAACCAUUUUACCUGGAGUUUGGUACUGGUUUUUACUCUCUGAUUCUGUAUAAGAAAAAUAAAUACAAUUGAAUUUCCA